AUGCCGAGACAAAAUCUUCUAAUGAAAAUGAAACAAGAAAUUUCGGACAUGGUGUUUACCCUGGAAGGCAGAAUGGGAAUGCGGUGUCUGCUGCUCUCGUUUCUGCUCCUCGCAGCCUGGGAGGCAGGGAGCGGCCAGCUCCACUACUCGGUCCCCGAGGAGGCCAAACACGGCACCUUCGUGGGCCGCAUCGCACAGGACCUGGGGCUGGAGCUGGCGGAGCUGGUGCCGCGCCUGUUCCGGGUGGCGUCCAAAAGCCGCGCGGACCUUCUGGAGGUAAAUCUGCAGAAUGGCGUUUUGUUUGUGAAUUCUCGGAUCGACCGGGAGGAGCUGUGCGGGCGGAGCGCGGAGUGCAGCAUCCACCUGGAGGUGAUCGUGGACAGGCCGCUGCAGGUUUUCCAUGUGGAGGUGGAGGUGAAGGACAUUAACGACAAUCCGCCGGUGUUCCCUGUAACAGAACAAAGGCUGCUGAUUUAUGAAUCUAGGCUGCCGGAUUCUCUGUUUCCACUGGAGGGCGCAUCGGAUGCAGAUGUUGGCUCAAAUUCCAUCUUAACCUAUAAACUGAGUUCCAGCGAACACUUUGCGCUAGAUGUGAAAACAAACAGUGAUGACAAUAAACAAAUUGGGCUUCUGUUAAGAAAAUCAUUGGACAGAGAGGAAGUUUCUGAACAUAACUUAUUCCUGACGGCCACCGACGGAGGCAAACCUGAGCUCACUGGCGCUGUUCAGCUGCUGGUCACUGUGCUGGACGUGAACGACAAUGCUCCCAGUUUCGAACAGUCUGAAUAUGAAGUAAGAAUAUUCGAAAAUGCAGACAACGGAACAACACUUAUCAGACUGAAUGCUUCUGAUCGGGAUGAAGGUGCGAAUGGGGCAAUUUCAUACUCUUUUAAUAGCCUUGUUUCACCCACGGUCAUUGACCGGUUUAUUAUAGAUCCGAGCACUGGAGAAGUAGCCAUUCAAGGGAAUUUGGAUUUUGAACAAGUGAAUUUAUAUAAAAUCCGCAUUGAUGCGACGGACAAAGGUCACCCUCCAAUGGUGGGUCAUUGCACAGUUUUAGUGAAAGUUUUGGAUAACAAUGAUAACGUCCCUCAGAUUGCAUUGACUUCCUUAUCGCUGCCCGUCCGAGAGGACGCUCAGUUCGGUACUGUCAUUGCCCUAAUCAGCGUGUCCGACCUCGACGCAGGCGUCAACGGACACGUCACCUGCUCCCUAACACCUCACGUCCCGUUCAAGCUGGUGUCCACCUUCAAGAAUUACUAUUCGCUGGUGUUGGACAGCGCCUUGGACCGUGAGAGUGUGUCUGCCUAUGAGUUGGUGGUGACAGCGCGGGACGGGGGCUCGCCUUCGCUGUGGGCCACGGCCAGCGUGUCCGUGGAGGUGGCCGACGUGAACGACAAUGCGCCGGCAUUCGCGCAGCCCGAGUACACGGUGUUCGUGAAGGAGAACAACCCUCCCGGCUGCCACAUCUUCACGGUGUCGGCGCGGGACGCGGACGCGCAGGAGAACGCGCUGGUGUCCUACUCGCUGGUGGAGCGGCGGGUGGGCGAGCGUGCGCUGUCGAGCUACGUGUCGGUGCACGCGGAGAGCGGCAAGGUGUACGCGCUGCAGCCGCUGGACCACGAGGAGCUGGAGCUGCUGCAGUUCCAGGUGAGCGCGCGCGACGCUGGCGUGCCGCCUCUGGGCAGCAACGUGACGCUGCAGGUGUUCGUGCUGGACGAGAACGACAAUGUGCCCGCGCUGCUGGCGUCUCGGGCUGGAGGCUCUGGCGGUGCAGUGAGCGAGCUGGUGCCGCGGUCGGUGGGCGCGGGCCACGUGGUGACGAAGGUGCGCGCGGUGGACGCCGACUCGGGCUACAACGCGUGGCUGUCGUACGAGCUGCAGCCGGCGGCGGGCGGUGCGCGCAGCCCGUUCCGCGUGGGGCUGUACACGGGCGAGAUCAGCACGACGCGCGCCCUGGACGAGGCGGACGCUCCGCUUCAGCGCCUGCUGGUGCUGGUGAAGGACCACGGCGAGCCGGCGCUGUCGGCCACGGCCACCGUGCUGGUGUCGCUGGUGGAGAGCGGCCAGGCGCCGAAAGCCUCGUCGCGGGCGUUGGCGGGAGCCGCGGAUCCGAAGGCAGCGCUGGUAGAUGUCAACGUGUACCUGAUCGUCGCCAUCUGUGCCGUGUCUAGCCUGUUGGUGCUGACGCUGCUGCUGUACACGGCGCUGCGGUGCUCGGCGCCGCCCACCGAGGUCGCGUGCGGACCUGGGAAGGCCACGCUGGUGUGCUCCAGCGCGGUGGGGAGCUGGUCGUACUCGCAGCAGAGGCGGCAGAGGGUGUGCUCUGGGGAGGGGCCGCCCAAGACCGACCUCAUGGCCUUCAGCCCUAGUCUUCAGCCUAAUCCUGUUGUGGCGGGUUUGAGCGAGCAACAGGAUUCAAAUGAAGAUCACUGUGACAGAGAAAUUUUAGACGACCUUAAACUUGAAUGGUGUAUUGUCCUACAUUUAAAAGUUGCUCAAGGUCCAUUAGAAGAUUGA